AUGAUUCGUUGUCGCGCAACAGGACAAGUCCAAGCACAAAAUAUUACAACUUUGGUUGACGUCUGCUCCACGGAAGUUUUUUUGACCGUCGUAGUAGGCGGUUGGCUGAAGCUUCAUUUAAGGAAAUUAAACGCAGCAACGCGAGAAUCAGUACUGGAAUGUGUACUCAGUCGAAUUAGCACUUUAAAAUCGGCAGCUGCGCAUUUAGAUGCAGUCGAGCUAAUUGCGACUGCUGGCUUUUUGGAUUCGCAUGCUGUCGUCCAGUAUGUUCAGGAGAGAUUUGGCGAAUUUACAGUUCUGGAUAGUAUCAUUGUUAUAUUUCUUCGUACUUACCAGAGAGCUGAGUGCGGUCCAUAG